CUCAUACAUCAGCUUCUGAACACCGUCAGGCAUCUUCACAGCUGCAAAGGCUAUUCCACAGCAGAGGACAAUCAUGAGAAUCCUUUUCUUCCUUGUUGCUGUUCUCUUCUUCCUCUUCCAGGCUGCUCCAGCUUACAGCCAAGAAGAUGCUGACACCUUAGCAUGCAGGCAGAGCCACGGCUCCUGCUCUUUUGUUGCAUGCCGUGCUCCUUCAGUUGACAUUGGGACCUGCCGUGGUGGGAAGCUGAAAUGCUGCAAAUGGGCACCCAGCUCCUAAAUCUGAGACCUCACUGACCACGCAGUCAAGAGCCCUGGAAAUCUGAGAUGUCUCCUGCCUUAUGACAUCACUGGAUCUUUGAACUUUGGUACAAACCCAAGGAGCCUUUCCCAAUGGGGUGAAGAGUCCUGGGAGCACGAGAAGAUCUGAGGAGGAAUUCUUGUACCUCUGAUACAGAUUUGCAGCUUCAUUUCUAAUAAAAACAAUUCAAAGUGAAACCACAUUGCUGACAUUUGCUGGUGUAUGUCAGGGUGGUUUUGUUGUUAUUACUAUCUACAAAAAUCAACUUGUAAAUGAAGUUUACUUAACUAAAUUAAGUUAAUUUACAUGCAUGUGUCACUGAGUCCUAUUAAAUCCUCCUUAAAGUGCGUGGGUUGCAGCAA